AUGUCUAUCUUUGAUCCCGACGGACAUGUUCUGUCACCCCUCGACCAUAGCAUCCCAAAGGUGUAUUUCACUUUCUACCUCUCUUUCAGCCUGCAGCAGCCAGAAAAGGGCUUGGAGUCACUUCGAAGCGGCAUCAGAAAGAUGGCUGAGGCCAUUCCGAUUAUCACGUAUGAUGUGGUAUUAUCCGAUAUCAUAUCCCCGGAGAACGUUCACUGCAUCCGACCUCCCUCCAGCUCAACCCAGUCCCUAUCUUUACUCCAAGUUAGAGACCGUUUUCAUGAAUCGGUAGCAGUGUCUGUGAGCAUUUCCACCUGUACGGGAGCCGAAGAGUUGGAAUUCUCCAAGAAGUACGCACCUCUGCCGACAGUUUUGGAUCACACGCAACCCCAGCCUGCUAUAAAAUUUGCCGCCAAGAUGACGACGAAUGGGAUUCUUCUGGGUGUCAGCUUCAACAACCUGGCCUUUGACGGCACCGGGGUUGGUAACAUUCUCGGUGUUCUAAGUCAUUGCUGCAGUGGUACGCAGAGCACGGCAGACCUACAUGAAGUCAACAUGAAAUUGCGUCCGCAAUUGUGCCUUGAAGAUGCAACCGGCAAAAGCGUAUGGAAAGACUUCUCUGCCAGUUACAGCGCGGAAAGCCCUUUAUCAUGUUUACCCCCUGCAAAGUGCCAUUCGGAAAUAGCACCGCCGCUCUUCGAAUCCUUCCAAUUCAAACGUGUUUGUACUACCUUACUAUCCACCAACCACCAGCACGAGACAAAUGUGACCUCUCCGGAUCACAUCUCAUGCCAUGAUGUGCUGGCCUCCCUUCUUGAGGUGUGUCUGCGUCAGAAUCAAGCCCCAACACUGCACAAGAAUAAAUACACGAUCUCCUUUGCGGCCAACCUCCGGCCUCACAUGAGGCCGCCCUGGCCUGACCUAUAUCUCGGAAACAUGGUCGCCAUGUUGCACGUGCCACAGUCGUCCUUGACAGAGAACGUCAACAUCAACAAAGGGAUCAUCGCGGCACAUCAUCUCAACAUGCACAAUGAGGACUUGAUCCAAGUUGCCAACACAGCCUCCGCAAUCCAUCAGGAGAUCCGAACCCUGACGGACCCGCACAUUCGCAGCUUAAUCACUUCUUUGCGGCUGCAGCGCGACUGGGGAGCAAUGAGCAUCAAAGGAGGUAAGUUUUCCGUCACCAGCCUUCGGCAUUUGAAUAUUUAUAACUUCAACUUCGGCAGAGAUCUGGGCACGGUAGCUGACUUUCGCUUACAUGUGGGGCUGCUGGAUGGUUUCCUGUGUGUAGUUCUUCCCAAAGGGCAGCACAAAGCAUGGGACAUUCAGUUUAUGCUGCAAGAAGAACAAGUUCAAGCAGUCAAAAGCCAUCAUCUUUUUUCGUUGGUUAAUGAAUGA